AUGGAGCUGUCCCCGCGCAGCCCUCCCGAGGUGCUGGAGGAGUCGGAUUGCCCGUCGCCCCUGGAGCUGAAGUCAGCCCCCAGCAAGAAGAUGUGGAUCAAGCUUCGGUCGCUGCUCCGCUACAUGGUGAAGCAGCUGGAGAACGGGGAGGUGAACAUUGAGGAGCUGAAGAAGAACCUGGAGUACACAGCGUCCCUGCUGGAGGCCGUCUACAUAGAUGAGACGCGGCAAAUCCUGGACACGGAGGAUGAGCUUCAGGAGCUGCGGUCGGACGCUGUGCCUUCGGAGGUGCGGGACUGGCUGGCCUCCACCUUCACGCAGCAGACCCGGGCCAAGGGCCGCCGCGCCGAGGAGAAGCCCAAGUUCCGCAGCAUCGUGCACGCCGUGCAGGCGGGGAUCUUCGUGGAGCGGAUGUUCCGGAGAUCCUACACCGCCGUGGGCCCCUCCUACUCCACUGCGGUCCUCAACUGUCUCAAGAACCUGGACCUCUGGUGCUUUGAUGUCUUUUCCUUGAACCGGGCGGCCGAGGACCACGCUCUGAGGACCAUCGCGUUCGAGCUGCUGACUCGGCAUAACCUCAUCAGCCGCUUUAAGAUCCCCACUGUGUUUUUGAUGACUUUCCUGGAGGCUUUGGAGACUGGCUAUGGGAAAUACAAGAACCCUUACCACAACCAGAUCCACGCCGCUGACGUCACUCAGACAGUCCACUGCUUCUUGCUUCGCACAGGGAUGGUGCACUGCCUGUCAGAGAUCGAAGUCUUGGCCAUCAUCUUCGCAGCAGCCAUCCAUGACUAUGAGCACACGGGCACUACCAACAGCUUCCACAUCCAGACCAAGUCAGAGUGUGCCAUCCUGUACAAUGACCGCUCCGUGCUGGAGAAUCACCACAUCAGCUCCGUUUUCCGAAUGAUGCAGGAUGAUGAGAUGAACAUUUUCAUCAACCUCACCAAGGAUGAGUUUGUAGAGCUGCGGGCCCUGGUCAUCGAGAUGGUCUUGGCCACAGACAUGUCUUGCCAUUUUCAGCAAGUGAAGUCCAUGAAGACAGCCUUGCAGCAGCUGGAGAGGAUUGACAAGUCCAAGGCCCUGUCUCUACUGCUCCAUGCUGCAGACAUCAGCCACCCAACCAAGCAGUGGUCAGUUCACAGCCGCUGGACCAAGGCUCUCAUGGAAGAAUUCUUCCGCCAGGGUGACAAGGAGGCGGAGCUGGGGCUGCCCUUCUCUCCGCUGUGUGAUCGCACUUCCACUCUCGUGGCACAGUCCCAGAUUGGUUUCAUCGACUUCAUCGUGGAGCCCACAUUCUCCGUGCUGACUGACGUGGCUGAGAAGAGCGUCCAGCCCGUGGUGGAUGAGGACUCCACGUCUAAAAACCAGCCCAGCUUUCAGUGGCGCCAGCCUUCUCUGGAUGUGGAAGUAGGAGACCCUAACCCUGAUGUGAUCAGCUUCCGCUCCACCUGGACCAAAUACAUUCAGGAGAACAAGCAGAAAUGGAAGGAGCAGGCAGCAAGUGGCAUCACCAACCAGAUGUCCAUCGACGAGCUGUCCCCCUGUGAGGAGGAGGCCCCACCCUCCCCUGCCCAAGAGGAACACAACCAGAACGGGAAUCUGGACUAG